AUGACUUCGCUUCUUGAAAUGCAAUUUCAUGGAUUUUUCUUCAAGUGCCAGACCAUGAUGACUGUGUUUGCUCCAUUUGACCAAGUCUUGAUGAACCGAGUUGGGAACUUGAGUGAGCAAUCCUCCAUCUUUCAUCGACAUGUGGUGCCCUUUGGGCUUUUGUGGAGCGAUUUGGUGAGUUUCAAUGAUAGGAUGGUGUUAAGGACUAAUCUAAUGGGGUUUACAAACAAUAUCACUCGAUCCCAAGACAUGUUGAUGCUCAAUGGUGUGUCGGUCAUUUUUUCGGAAGUGUAUCACAAUGCCUGGUUUUCGGUUCACGGAAUCAGUGAGGUUCUUGAGGUUCCACAUAGAACAAAGAGACUGUGGCUCUAUUUUGCUAGGGACAGAAGAACCUAG